UACGGCGUCCAUCAAACACAGCAGAGCUGCUGAGGUCAUCGUUUCCCUGCAGAACAAAGAAAAGUCCUUCUGCUGUGACAGAGCCGCCAUGCAGUGGAGUCUGUUUCUGCUUCUUCUGAUGGGUCAGAGCUUCUUCCUCACAUGUGGCCUGUAUGAGUUCCACUUUAUUAAUGUGAACAAGACCUGGGAGGAAGCACAGGCAUACUGCAGAGAGAGUUAUACAGACCUGGCCAAAGUGUUUGACCUGACAGACAUGAGAAGACUCCAGAGCUCCACACAGUAUAAAGGAGAAGCCUGGAUUGGACUGUACAGCAAACCAGGAAAAGAAAACAGGACGUGGCACUGGUCUCUGCCGGGGGUGGAGGAGUACUCUGAGAAACAGUACUCUGACAGUAAGAGCUGGUGGGGAACAAAUGAGCCAAAUGACGGCGGUGGCACUCAGAACUGUGAGAACUCUCAGAGCUGUCAGAACUGUGUGUUUACAACAGGAAACUGGGUAGAUGAUCCAUGUAGUCACACUAAGUGGUUCAUCUGCUAUGAUGAAACGAUGAAAAACAAUAAAACAUUUCAUGUGAUUUAUGAGAACAAGAACUGGACUCAGGCUCAGAGCUACUGCAGAGUCAAUCACACUGACCUGGUCAGUGGACUCCAUCAGAUAAACAGCACAGAGUUUAAGGAGCUGAACAGGUCUGCAGGUUUCUGGAUCGGCCUGUUCAGAGACACCUGGAGGUGGUCAGAUGGGAGUAAGUUCUCUUUCAGACACUGGGACAUGGACUCAUUCAAUGAUGGACUCAGCACAGAGGAAUGUGCUACGACUCUGUUGGACAGAUCAGGAAGGUGGAGCUCUGAUGGAUGUAACCAAACAAAGCCUUUCUUCUGCUAUGAAGAUAAAGUGAUCCUGAUCAAGGAAAGCAGGACCUGGGAAGAGGCUCUUUAUUACUGCAGAGAGAAGCACCACGACCUGGUUUCCAUCAGCAGCUCUCAGCAGCAGGGAUGGGUCCAGGAAAAGGCCAAAAAUGCUUCAACUCCUUUUGUGUGGCUGGGGCUGCGCUACACCUGCACCCUGGGGUUCUGGUUCUGGGUCACCGAUGAGACCGUCACUUAUAACAACUGGGACUCUAACAGCACGGAUGACUGCAACAUGUCUGGAGCCAUGGCCUCAGCAGGAAGCCACGCAUGGAGCCGUCAGCCUGAUGAUGGCAUGUUUAAUUUCUUCUGUUCUAAAUAUUAA